AGGUAAAGAAAUUCACUUAUUCUGGUAUCGAUGAGAAUGUUAAAAAAAUAUUGGAUGAUGCAAAGUAUCAAUUAUUAUGGAUCCCAUAUGAUAAAUUUGAAAAUAUUAAAGAGGUUGGGAAAGGAGGAUUUGCAACUGUUUAUUGUGCCGAUUGCCGAAUUGAUUAUAAGGAUUCCUACUCUAAUAAUUCAUACGCAUUUAAAAUAAUUCAUGACCAAGGUUUUUUUGAUGAGUUGAAAGCAUUUUGCGAGAUCGGAUAUAAAAAUCCAUCGUUCUUAAGGUGCUACGGGCUAUCGAGAGAUAAUUCAGGAAAUUACAUUCUUAUUUUACACUAUGCAAAAAAGGGUUCUUUACGUGAUAAUCUCCGCCAAGUAUCGCAAAUGAAAUGGGAAAAAAAAUUAAAUUUAUUAAGUUGCAUAACAUCUGAUAUUGAAGCAAUUCAUUCACAAGGAUAUGUUCACAAAGAUUUGCAUAGUGGUAACAUCUUACAAGACGAUUUGGAUAAUGCGUAUAUCGUGGAUUUAGGUCUUACUAUCGUACAAAAAGAUCCGGAUCAUAAUAGAUACACUUCAAAGUCCAUUAACACGCAAGAGAUCACGAAAGCAUUAUCAAAAACGACAAUUGUCAGCGCUCCGAUCGAUGAAGUGGAAAUUCCGGAAGAGUGA